UUUAGUCGGUAAGCGAAAACAUGCACAACUCGUUUAUUUUCUCUCCGGUUGCUUUCUUUCCCCAUAGCGGAUUUUUAGACAGUCGAAUCGGGUAGUUUUUUGGACUCUUUCGUUUGUUUUAAACAACAAUAACAGCAAAAACUAUUGUUUUGACUUGUUAAUUAAUUGAAUUCAGUCGAAAAGAAGAAGAAAAAAAAAACAAAUAAAAAAUUAUUUAAUUUCAAGCCAACGAAAAAGGUCAAUGGCGCGUCGUGUGACAUAAAAAAUUAGGUUGCAAACGGCAUACCGAAAUAAGUUGUGAACCGUGAACUUUGAACCCAAAGAGAAGGCAGCGCAAAGAAGAACCAAAUCAAACUAACAAAAUUAAACCAAUACAUUGGUAAAAAUCACGCAUGCAGAACAUUAGCGAAUACGUCAUGCUAGCAAAUCAAUAAUAGCAAGAGUUGAUGAUUGUGAGAGAAGGACGGACAUUAAGCAAAACAAAAACCAACAACAACAAUAAUAAUCAAUAAAACAAAAUAAUAACAAUACGAAGAAAAAAACCCAAAGCCGAAAGAGUUCUUAUCAGUAUAACGCCACGCUUCACGCAUUCAAAUAUACGGGCGAAGUGCGUUUGCGGUGAUAUUUGAAUGUGUUCGGCUUUUUGUUUUCUCAUUUGCAAAACAGCAACAAAAAACACUAACAUUUAAUAACACAUAUUAAUAAAAUAAUGAAUUGCAUUAAUUGUUCAACGCCUUGAGAGGUACAACUGGAAUCAAGUGGACGCAGGCUGUCAUUUGACGACAAAUCUUCGUGGAGUACAAAACAACGUUCGGAAAAUAAGUUUCCUUACUGGUGCCGGUGUCCUAAUCAAUAGAAUCAUAUUAUCAUACGAUACGAUUUUGGUUGUUGUUGCUCUGUUCUUUAAUAGCUCCGAAAAUAACCAGUGAUUGAUUGAAUUGAAACGAUUGCCGAGCGAGGGUGUUUUUUUUCUCCCCUCAACUCCACAACUCAUCUCUUCAAGACGUAACACCACCCGAAUGAUUUCUUAUUUAACAAUUGUACAUUGGAUUCAUUGAACAGUUGGUGUUGGGGUAGCACCACUGGUAGACAUACUAAACGCCAGCAAAUAAAGCGCAUAAAAAUACCCUCAAGUCGAACCAAAUAAAGUGGGUCAACAAUUUUGUUAGCGUUUUUGGAACGGGCACAUUCAAACAACUUCAGCAAACCAGAAGCUAGUCAAACUACUAAAACUAACCAUCGACCGGCAACAAGUGUUUCCAGCUACCACCACUACCCACUGCAAAUCGAAGCAAAACUGUCUGCCUACUUACAUUCAAUUUUUUUCACAUCAAAACUCUAUUGCAAAAAUCCAAAAAAAAAAAUCACAGCGAGUUACAAAACUUUUUAUUGCCAUAGCUGGUCAUUGAGCUAUAGCUACUGUUACGACUAUUAACAAAUAUUAGCAACGAAAAAAAAAACAAAAACAAUACCAAAAAGAUUACAACAAAAAGUGAUACAAUAUUACAACACUUUUGUAAACCAUAUUUUUUUUCCUGCUGUCUAAUCAAACAAAGCUCCGCCAGCCAUCAUGUUUAACGCGGUCCAUUUAAAGUGUAAAAAUAUCUGGAUGUGUCUGACAUUAGCAGCUAUGCUAUUGCUCUUUGAUGGAUUGCCUCAGGUGUAUGCCUUCAAAAUGACGGCGAAAUUAAUUUCCAACCACAACUAUCCCGUCGAAGAGCACACGGUUCACACCAAUGAUGAUUACAUUCUGACCAUGUAUCGCAUACCCGACUCGCCAAAGCUGCGCUAUCACAAUGCCACCGUGAAACCCGUUGUCUUCCUUCAACAUGGCAUACUGUGUGCCUCAGACGAUUGGAUUAUAAACGGACCCGAGACCUCACUGGCCUAUAUGUUCGCCGAUAUGGGCUAUGAUGUAUGGAUGGGCAAUGCCCGUGGCAAUACCUAUUCUCGCCAGCAUAAACACAAACGUCCGGAUUCAUCGGACUUUUGGAAUUUUAGUUGGCAUGAAAUUGGUGUGUACGAUUUAACAGCCAUGUUGGAUUAUGUCCUCGACGAGACGCGUGUGGGUUCGGUACAUUUCGUCGCCCAUUCGCAGGGUACAACGACUUUCUUUGUACUGAUGUCUUCGAUGCCAUGGUAUAAUGAGAAAGUUCGAACGGUACAUCUGCUGGCGCCCAUUGCCUUUAUGCGCAAUCAUUCAUUUGUAUUGUCCAAAGUUGGUGGCAUUUUCUUGGGUUAUCCAUCGUUCUUGAGUAUGGUCUUGGCCGGUUUUGAACUGCUACCCACAACAAGUGUCCAGAAAUUGUUUUGUGAAUACAUCUGUUCGCCAAAUUCACAUUUCAAAUUUCUAUGCUCUGGCAUAUUGAAUUUUAUCGGUGGUUGGGGUACAAGGCAUUUGAAUCAUACAUUGCUGCCUCAUGUGUGUGAAACCCACCCAGCCGGAGCAUCAACUACACAAAUUAUACACUAUUUGCAGUUGUACACCUCGGGAGAUUUUAAACAAUUCGAUCAUGGCAUACAUCUUAAUCUCAAGAAAUACAAUCAAGAAACACCUCCCCACUAUGAGGUGAGCAACGUCAAGAGUUGUGUCAAUCUCUAUUACAGCAACAAUGACUAUAUGUCCGCUGUCGAAGACGUCGAGUAUUUGGCCUCGUUGCUGCCAUGUGCCGACCUAUAUCGUAUACCCUAUGAUGAUUGGAAUCACUAUGAUUUCCUGUGGUCGGUAAAUGUCAAGGAGAUGAUAAAUGAUCGGAUCAUCGAGAAAAUCGAACAUUAUGAGAAAACACACGAUCAUCUGCACAGAAUGUAGCGUUCUGCAAUUCCGCGGUUACUUUUCCAAGUGUUUAGUUUGUAGUCUAUUUAAUUAACCAUGUUGUAAAUAAUUGUUUGUAAUAUUCUAUUUUUUGAUUAAUUUUAUUAAGUAUUUUUUAACAUGACAACGAACAAGUGAUACUAUUUUAUAGGAACUCAACAAACCAACAAAGAUACCAAUCAACCAACAACAAAUCCUUUAUGCUUAAGUGGUUCAAAUGCGCUUUAUUAAACAGACUAUUUGUAUUUUAGAGGAGACUAAUAAUGAUACAAAAGAAAAAAACACAUUAAUGAAAUUAAUGAAAAACCCCCAAAAACUAAAUGUAUGAUUUUUUACGAAAAUAUAUUUUUAGUUGUAAGAAAAGAAAUUAAAAUAAAAUAAAGAAGAAUAAAACUGUUAAAAGAG